AGGAAUGAGCAAACAACUCUGGCAGUGGAAGAACAAAGCAAAGAGAGAGCGGAGAAUCUUUAUGGCCGAAGCCCUCUACUUCAUCUAUACCUCUGGUGACAAUUUACCUAAUUUACCCUCCAUCUUCCCUCAAAUUCCCCUCUUGCCUCCCCUCGCUUCUCAGCCUUCCUCUCCAGUCAGGAUUUGACACUGGAAAAUCCCAGUAUAACCAGGUGAAGCUUUGAAACAAAACGUUUGGCUAGAUCUUGAUCUUCCUAACGCUAUGCAGGACAAGCAUUCCUUUGAGAUAUUAGAAAUCAUGGGCGAUUCAGUGGAUUUGACUGGGGAUGGAGGCGUCAUGAAGACACUAAUACGGCGAGCAAAACCUGAUGCAAUUGUUCCAUCAGAGGGUCUUCCGCUUCUUGAUGUUCAUUAUGAAGGAAUUCUGGCUGAGACUGGUGAAGUGUUUGAUACAACACAUGAAGAUAACACUAUUUUCACCUUUGAGUUGGGUAAGGGAUCUGUAAUUAAAGCUUGGGAUAUAGCGCUGAAAACCAUGAAGGUCGGUGAGGUUGCUAAGAUCACUUGUAAGCCAGAAUAUGCCUAUGGCAGUGCUGGUUCGCCGCCAGAUAUCCCCCCAGAUUCAACACUUAUUUUUGAGAUCGAGUUGGUGGCUUGCCGACCUCGUAAAGGCUCUAGUCUGAGCAGUGUUUCAGAUGAGAGGGCUAGGCUGGAAGAGCUUAAGAAGCAGAGGGAACUUGCUGCUGCAGCUAAAGAGGAAGAAAAGAAGAAAAGGGAAGAAGCAAAGGCGGCUGCUGCCGCUAGGAUUCAGGCCAAACUUGAAGCCAAAAAAGGUCAAGGCAAGGGAAAGGGCAAAGCCAAAUAGGGCUAUUAAGUAUGUUUUUCCUCUGAUGGAGCUAAUAAACCUUCAUCGGCUGCCACACUAGGCCAUAGCAACAUACACUUUUUUAUUGGCUGCACUUUGCUGGCCAUGCAAGAUGACAUCUGGUUGCUCUUCAAGGUCUCUGAGGGUUUAGUUUAUACAAUAUCAUGUAUUGUGUCUCUGUAUUUGCCUCUUACUCUGGCAUGCAGUAAAGGGGCAGUGUGUGGUCCAUUGGAUAUAUGUAAUAAUAUGGGGUAAUGAUAUAACACCAAACCAAGAGUA